AUGAAAAUGUAAACAAACGAAACAACAUUUUCACUUUCGCCUAAGAAAAAGAGGAAAGGAACUUAUAAAAGUUAUUUCGGCAGCAGCACAGAGUUCAGUUUUACAUGAACAGCUCAAGGCAGCGCAUCGCAAGCGCACGACGACGACUUGGAGGAGGAACGCUUGGUAGAAAAAGGCGCAAUCAGCCAUACGGACAUUGUUGGCGUGACUGCGGAGCAUUAAAUCAACGUGUGAAACACGAACCGGAACUGCAAACUGCUCGUCCCUGACCCUGCCCUUAACUCAACGUGUGCAGCUGGGCGAUUGAAAGCAACUGGUGGCACAUACGAGCACGAAAAUGAGUGUUGAUUUGGAUGUCUAUGCCUGGGGCGCCAAUUCUCACGGUCAACUUGGCCUUGGCUACGAGUCCGAGCUGUGCAUGUCACCGCAGCGACUAUCAAAGUGCUCAUUUGCACCGCAGCUGAUACGCUGCAUACGCGGAGGAGGAGGCCAUGUGCUGGUGCUAGAUACCAAUGGGCGUGUGCAUGCUUGCGGCUGGAAUAAUCGUGGACAAUUGGGGCUUAACUCAACAGAGGAGUGCCACAAUGAGUUCUCCAUGGUGCCUAGCGAGUUCUUCGAGGAAGUUCCCGUGGAGACCAUCACGUGUGGCUGGGACAUUUCAGGCGCCAUUACUGUCACCAAACGGCUCUAUGUCUGGGGCUCGAAUGCGUUCCAGCAGCUUGGCAUCUGUCAACGCGGCUUUAUAUCAGUACGUCGGCCCAUGCCAGUGCGUUUACCUCGCGAGGAGCCAGCAGUACGCAUAAGCUUUGGCUUGCGCUUUUGCGCCGUGCUCACGCAGGACAACAAAAUCUAUGUCUUCGGCCGCUUGCGCAUCAUGGAUCCAGCGCCCAUAGAGCUCGACAUUACGUCGACAUCGCUGCACCGUUGUAAUGUCAUGAAAAUUCAAGCCCACAAUCCCAGCGAGCUACGCAUUGUCACCCUGGUGAGCGGACAGAACCAUAUGCUGCUGAAGUGCGUGGACCUCGAAAGCGGUGGCAGCAAGCGCAUCAUAGCGUUGGGUGACAACAAGUUCGGACAGUGCAAUGCCUUCCAGUUCGAGGAGGAUGUACGGCAACUGGCUGUUGGCUGGACGCACAAUGCUGUCAUACUCAAGUCUAAUGAAAUUCUACUAUGGGGUCGCAACUGCUAUGGCCAACUAGGUAGUGGCGGCUUUAGUGAACAGCAGGCGAUACCUACGCCGCUGCAGCUUAAGCUGGCAGAUGGUCAGGCGCCUGCACGCUUGCAUAUGGGCGCUGAGCACGGCUUGCUGCGCAGCACAGCUGGCGACAUUUACACUUGGGGCUGGAACGAGCAUGGCAACUGUGGCAACAACUCCACUGAAAAUAUCUGCAGUCCUAGUUUGCUGAAGCUGCCAGGCUAUGCUAAGCUCGCGGGAGCUGGUGCUGGAUUUUGUUAUGUGCUGGUCGAGGCUACUGAGAAGAGUGCAUCCUCAACAUGAGCCCGGGAGAGUUUAGUUCUUUAUUUGUUUAUGUAAGUGUACGCUUAUCAUGAGACCUAAUUAAUCAAUAGCUUUGUAGUUUGACAUUGAGCUUUAAUUAAUUUAAAAUUGAGUAACGCAAUAAAUGCUCUGCUGCUUUAGUUGUUAA